UUCGGUUAUUUCCACUGUACCGUGUACAGGUGCGACACGGAUUCAGAUUUUUCACGGUUCGGCGACAGUGUGAAAAUAUAGUAGAACGGUGAACAAAAAAUUUUCAAUCGACUGAUAUUAAGUUAAUUAAAUAAUUAAUGCACUUAGUUUUCGGUGCUGAGACAUUAAUGAAAAAUUCGCCAAAUAAGUUGAUUUUGUAUCAUAGUGUUGUAGUAUAACCGAAUAAAUUCUGUGAAAAUAAAAUUCAAGAAAAAAGUGAUAGAAAUCAGGUAACUUAAAGCAAUCCAAUCAGUUGAACUUUUAAAAUGAAUAAACUUUUUGCCGUUCUUAUUUAUGGCUUUGUGAGUGUACUGUGCCUUAUUAGUGCUCAAGAUGCAUGUGCAGAACUUAGUUUACAUCCCCAGUGCGACAGUGAAAUCUAUUGCUAUGGCGAAUUACUGGAUACCGUUCAGAUGGCCAAAAUCUUUCCUGAUUCGAAAACUUUCGUUGACAUGAAAUUGAAGCAGACUCCGGCAAAGACGUUAGAGCUGUUCAAGAAAUGGCAGGAAGACCAUCCGAAUUACAACCAAACGGAUGUUGAAAGUUUCGUGAAUUCGACCUUCGAUGAACCAGGCUCAGAGUUUGAAACUUGGGUGCCGAGUGAUCAUAAAGAGAAUCCUGCGUUUUUGACAAAUAUAACGGAUGCAGACUAUCGUCAAUGGGCUAGUGAUUUAAAUACCCUUUGGCUUCAGCUUGGUCGUAAGAUGAAAGACGAAGUUAAGAGAAAUCAAGAUUUGUACUCAAUCAUCUACGUUGAUCAUCCAGUUAUUGUGCCAGGUGGUCGAUUCCGCGAGUUCUACUACUGGGAUUCCUAUUGGAUCGUUAAAGGUCUCUUACAUUGUGAAAUGUACACUACAGUCAAGGGUAUGUUGACGAACUUCCUGGAUAUUGUUCAACGUUUCGGUUUCGUACCGAACGGCGGUCGAAUCUACUAUUCUGGCCGAUCACAACCUCCACUUCUUACUGCCAUGGUUAAGGCAUACCAUGAUGCUACUGGUGACACAGAUUUCCUGCGCACAGCUACUCCUGUGCUGGAAAGAGAAUUCCAGUAUUGGUUGAAUAACCACACUGUCAUUGUGAAUGAUCACGUGUUCGCUGUGUACGGCGACACCACUUGUGGUCCUCGGCCGGAAUCUUACUACGAAGAUAAGGAAACGGGUGUACAGUUUGCAACGGACAUCGAUAAAGAGAAUCAUUAUUCUGAACUGAAAGCUGCCGCCGAAAGUGGAAUGGAUUUCUCUAGCAGAUGGUUCAUCAAUAAUGGGACAAAUCAAGGAACUUUGGUGGACUUAAAAUGUCGAUCGAUUGUACCAGUCGAUUUGAAUGCAUUUUUGUUCUCAGUGGCGAAAAAUUUAGCACAAUUUUCAUUGAAAUUGGGAAAUGAGACGAAGGCUGCUGAAUACGAAGCCAAAGCUCAAGAGAUGUUUGAUGCAAUUCACAGUGUAUUGUGGCAUGACGAUGUUGGUGCCUGGUUAGACUAUGAUCUUGAGAAUAAGAAACGUCGCGACUAUUUUGUUCCGUCGAAUUUAGUGCCGCUCUAUGUGGGCUGUUACAAUAAAGCCGAUGAAGCUAAUGUCACUGAGAAAGUAUUAAGUUAUAUUGAAAGGCAUGGAUUAAACGAUUUCAUCGGUGGAGUGCCGAAUACAUUAGAACGGACUGGAGAACAAUGGGAUUUUCCAAACGUUUGGCCACCGAUGCAGCACAUGCUCAUCGAAGGAUUAGCGAAUUUAAAUGAUGAGAGGGCUCAAACUAUGUCACUUGAUUGGGCUGCCAGGUGGACUCGUUCUAAUUUCCUUGGCUAUAAGGACUCUUUCGUGAUGUACGAAAAGUACAGUGCACUUGAAUUGGGUGGACAUGGAGGCGGAGGCGAAUAUGACAUUCAGAUCGGAUUCGGCUGGACGAAUGGAGUAAUCAUGGACUUAUUGGCUAAAUAUGGAAAGCAAUUAUCAUCUACAGCCUUUACUUUGGAAACGAUAGUGAAAACGGAAACCAAGAACCUUCAUAGAAAUCCGUCAAUACCGGAAAUGUUGGCUUUAAGCGCAGCUAAAUUCGCCGCACCAGCUAUUCCGCAUGUACCUUCAGUCAGUGUAAUACAGGAAAGUGAAAUCAUCAAUAUCGGUGACGAAAUUGAGGGCAGCCAUCGGUCGUCCUACGAAGAUGAAAAGGCAAGUGCAAACACAAUCAAAACAUGGGCGUACACUGGCUUCCUGACAACUUUCGUUGCAGUCUUGGUAUCGAUUGUCACAAGGAGUGUUCACUGAGAUGUGCAGCAUUUUUUAAACAGGUUUUUAUUUAUUUGCCAGAGCAAUUAAUUUAUUGUUUAAUAAAGAGAAAAUUCUUUUGUUGUAAUUACUGCAUUUUACGCA